AUGAGGGAAUGGAGCUUGGAAAAUGAGGUGGAAAGAUUCGUGAGCGAGGCGAGGAAAAGACAAGAUAAGAAGGACAAAACAAAUGAAGAAUGGAGAAGACAAGAAAAAGAAAAGCUCAUUGAAGAAAAGCCAAAAAAAAUUAAUGGAAAUGAGCUGGAGGAAGAACUAAAAGAAAGGAAGCAAAAAAGAGCAAGAGGUGAUGAAGGUGGGGAAAUAACUUACGUCGGGGGAGACGAAGAGAGUUUAGGAUCAGUAAUUGACCUAAUACUAACGCUGGACAGAGGCGAUGAGCAAGAAAUAGAGGUAAGAGUGGUGGAAAGAAUAGAGUUAGAUCAUCUACCAGUGUUGGCGAGAUAUAAGGUAAAGAGAAAUGAGGAAGAGAGUAAGGAAGGAAGCUGCAUUUCAGAGGAGGAAGAGCAGGAAGAAAUUGGAGCAAAUAAGCUGAUCUGGAAGAAAGAAAAAAUACAGGAGUAUGCAGAAGCAACGCUGGAAGCACUGACAGAAGCACUAGAGGAAAAAAGCGAGCUUGAGUGGGAGGAUAUAAAGGAAAUAGUAAGAAAAGGGGCUGAAAAAACGGGGAUGGUGAUGAAAGGAAAGAAGGACAAAGAUACAAAGGAGAAAGAAAAGUGGUACAAUAUCGAGGGUAAAAAAAAAGAAAAGAAAAAGAAAUAUAGGGAAACAAUCAAAGAGAGCAAGGAAAGGUGGAUGAUGGAAAGGUGUGAGGAGAUAAAUAACGCCAAAGACAUGACAAAAUGGUGGGAAGCCAUAAAUAGGUUCAGAGGAAGAAAGAAAAGAGCUGCAAGCAACAGUAUAAAAGCAAAACAAUGGGAAAAGCACUUUAGUGAUCUGCUGAAUGGGGAAGGCAAUGAAGAAUCGGAAGAGAAAGAAAAUGAGCCGUGGAAAGGAGAAGGUAGUAAUGAAGGAUCAGAGGAGCUGAAGCUCGAUGAAAACUUCAGCAGGAGAGAAGUGAAAGCCGCAAUAAGAAAGCUCGGGAAUCACAAAGCUCCAGGGGAAGACGGGAUGGCAGCAGAAUUUAUAAAGAACAGUGCACCAGAUGUCAUUGAAUGGAUAGGCGAAAUUAUAAAUAAAAUAUGGGACGAAGGAAGUAUGCCAGAAUGA